AUGGACGGUGAGGAAAAGGCGGCCCUAGAACCCAUCCUCCAUCUGUCCGUGCCGCUGGGACCUGUGGUUUGGUCGCCGGAGCUGCUGGAACCCGUUCUCAAGAUGGAGCCAUCGGUGUUCCUCAAGCCGAUGCUGGUAUUCGUCGAGUUGCUGGUUCUCCUGUCGGUGGAUGGUGGCCAACUGUCAUCUCCUACAGAAGGGCUAUACCCACCAGGAGGGUUCUCAAAUAUGAUGGAGUCAAACCCAUUUGCUAACCAUCCUAAUGCAACUGAAAAUUUACACUUCGUUGGUGCUGGAAUGAGUCGAUCUCCAGUUUCGCCGCAAUACAUGAGUGCUACAGGAACUCCCUCUCCAGCACAACAAACUGAUCAUAUGGUGGAUGAUUUAGAUGCAGAAGAAAAUGAAACAAACAACAUCCCUGAUGAUUCUAGAACUGACAAACAUUUGAAUUGGUCCGUCCCUGAAGACAUACGAUUGGCCAGUGCUUGGUUGCAUAAUUCAAAGGACCCAGUUGAUGGAAAUGAAAGGAAGGCAGAUGCUUAUUGGACAGAUGUUACUGAAGAAUACAAUAAGACCAUAGAAACUAGCCGUAAGAGGAACCGGAAUCAACUAAAAAUACGUUGGGAUCGUUCUAAGAAACCAUUAUCUGAUUUUCAUGGAUGUUGGGCAAAUGCCAGUAGAGUGUGGCAAAGUGGGAUGAGUGAUGACCAAUUGAUUGACAAGGCAUUAGAGAUGUGGUCUAGCCGAAAUAAUAAUAAGGCCUUCCACCUGCUGCAUAUGUGGAAGGUAGUACGUGGUGAGCAGAAGUGGUCUGCAUAUCUAGCAAGGUUGAAGAAGGCUGAAGUUCAGAAAAGUUUGGCUGAUAAAAAAAUUGAAGCAGCUAGGAUUAAUCAUGAAGCAGCCCAUGAACAAACUAAGUGCAAAAUGCUAGAAACUUACACACAGCUCCUGCUUGUGCCUACUGGUCAGCUCAGUGCAGAUGCUUUGGCUGAAAGAAACUUGGCACUAGAGAGCUUGAGACUUACUUUAUUUCCCAAGUAGCAAGUAUGUGCAAUGAAAUGCGACCAUGGAAGCAAUUUCUAUAAG